AUGUUCAGAGUCUCAGCUAAUAGUUCAGCGGACUUUUUGAAUGUUAUUGAAGAAUUAUCACCAAAAUUCCCAGAUGCUGAUGUUAGCUCUUUAUCAAUCUCAGAUAAACCAGCAGGUCCAUUUAGAUCAAUUGGAACUUUAGCUGGUAGCACACCACAAGAACUAGGCUUCAAAAAUGGUGAAAUGCUAUUCAUUUCAUAUGAAAGUAAGAUUACAGAUCAAUCACAAGAACAACAACAAAAUUCCAUACCAAUAGAACCAUCACAACAACAGCAACAAUCACAAGGAUUCGUUUCCAUUCCAAAAAUAGAGGAUCCAAAGAAAGUUGAAGAAUUACCUGUUGAUAAAUUAUUAGAGAAAGAAGAUGGUUUAAUACCAAGAAAAAGGGGAACAUUUUGUAGACAUAAUGAUAAAGGUAUGUGUGAAUAUUGUUCACCUUUACCGCCAUAUGAUAAAGGAUAUAGAGAAGAAAAUCAAAUCAAACAUGCAUCAUUUCAUUCACAUUUGAAAGAAGUUAAUGAAGCUGUUAAUAAAGGUACUGGAUCUUCAUAUAUUGCACCAUUAACAGAAUCAAAUUUUACCAUUAAUAAACAAUGUAUUGGAGGUCAUGAACCUUGGCCAAAAGGUAUUUGUUCCAAAUGUCAACCAUCAGCUAUCACAUUACAACAACAAGAAUUCCGUAUGGUGGAUCACGUUGAAUUUGCAAAUUUCGAAAUUGUUAAUUCAUUUAUUGAAAGUUGGAGAAGAACUGGUACUCAACGUAUAGGGUUCUUGUAUGGUACAUAUCAAAAAUAUGAUAAAGUUCCAUUAGGUAUUAAAGCUGUUGUUGAAGCCAUUUAUGAACCUACUCAACAUGAUGAAAAUGAUGGGUUGACUUUAGGUUUACCUUGGGAAGAUGAAGAAAGAAUUGAUAAUUUGGCAAAAAGUGCUGGUCUGUAUAAAAUUGGUGUGAUAUUUUCUGAUUUGAUUGAUGCAGGUAAUGGUGAUGGUUCUGUUAUUUGUAAAAGACAUAAAGAUUCAUAUUUCUUAUCAUCAUUAGAAGUUAUCUUUGCAGCUAAAUUACAAUCUAAAUAUCCAAAUUAUACUCAAUUUUCACAAUCUGGUAAAUUCUCUUCAAAAUUUGUUACAUGUGUUGUAUCUGGUAAUUUACAAGGAGAAAUUGAUAUUGCUUCAUAUCAAGUAUCUGAAGGUGCUGAAGGUUUAGUUAAAGCUGACAUUUUGACCGGUUCAACACAUCCAUCUUUUGCAUACAUUAAUGAGACAAAUGAUGAUCGAUAUGUUCCAGAUAUUUUCUAUACCAAGAUGAAUGAAUAUAAAUUACAAGUUAAAUCAAAUGCUAAACCGGCAUUUCCAGUUGAUUAUUUAUUGGUCACACUUUCACAUGGUUUCCCACAGGAACCGAAUCCAGUCUUCAAAUCAAAUAAGUUCCCAAUUGAAAAUCGCCAAGCCGCUGGUAUUUCCCAGGACUUUUUAGAAAUUAAAAAACAAUUGAAAAUUGAUAGUUUUGAUACAAACGAUGUGAUUAAUUCCAUUUCAGAUUUCCAUUUAUUGGCUUAUUUAUUCUCUUUAGACAUUUUAUCACCAUCUGAGCAAAAAUUGGUUGUUAAGAUUGCAGUGGAACAUAGAUUAGAAGAUGCUUAUAGAUUACUUGAACAACCAGGAUGGCAAACACUUUUGACCAUCAUCAGGGAAAGUACAUAG